GGCGGUGGGUGAGCUGCCCAAGUCUUGGACGCGACGAUGGCUAAAACCGACGACGCUUUUAGCCACUCAGAAUACUGGGAUGAGCACUUCUCCAAGACCGACGGGGAAGCGCCCACGCACGAGUGGCUUUGCUCCUAUGGCGACUUGGAGGGAUUCUUCCAAAAGGUCCUCUUCGAGGGCCCAGGUUGCAGGCCCGACGACAACCCAUUAAUCCUCCACCUCGGCUCGGGGGACAGUGUCAUUCCGGCCGAACUCGAUUCCCGUGGCUACAGCCGUCAACUAUGCGUCGACUUCUCCCCCAAGGCCAUCGAGAUCAUGACCGAGCGAUACAAGAGCAGGCCGGGGAUAAAGUGGGAACAAAUGGACGUGCGGGAUAUGGCCGGUAUCGCCGAUAAAUCUGUCGGUGUCGCCUUUGAUAAGAGUACGCUGGAUGCCAUGAUCCAUGGCAAUCCGUGGAGUCCCCCGCGCGAUGUCAGGGAGAAUACGGGUAGGUAUCUCAGAGAGGUUCACAGGGUCCUAGAGGAUGGUGGUGUUUUCCUGUGUGUCACAUUCAGGCAGCGCCAUUUUAUGACGCCUCUGUUAAACCCGGAUGGUUUGUGGGACUUGGACUUUGAGGUUCUCGGUGGUAAGGUGGGCUCGUUUGAUUACUACGGCUGGGUUCUUCGGAAGGCGAGCUGCCAGAAGUAGUAUGGGAGCAUCUUGAGCCUGGGGUGUUCUUUAUUCCAGCUUUAGGAUCUACCCUCUGCGCGCGGAGACACUUUGCCCAUGCACGCAGAGACGUGCUCUUAAAAGUCGCUAGUUACUUCCCAAUGUGGAAGCGAGAUGUGUGGCUAUGGCUGCAAGACGCUGGUUGUUACCAGACUGUCGUGUUCGCUAAUCCAAUGCAAAGGCAGAGACACCAGCUUAUGUGUGUCAGAGAUCUGCAGGAUGGGGAUGCACGCGCUUAGGUGUUUCGUUAAUACGGCCCUGCGCCUCGUACGGCAAUCCACUGAAUUUCCAGAUCUGAUCCGUAUUUGCCGUUAAGAUCUGCCAGCCUGCUCAACCAUAACCAACCAAAGCUUUCUCUCUUACGGUCAACUAGAAACCUUGAGGCAUGCAGGG